AGACAUCAGCGAGGAUCACGUCAUCCUGAUGGACAGCACCGUCUCCACCGGCGCCGCAGCCAUGAUGGCGGUCCGGGUUCUGCUGGAUCAUGAGGUUCAGGAAGAAAAGAUCAUGCUGGUGUCGCUGCUGAUGGCUGAACUGGGAGUGCACUCUGUGGCCUACGCCUUCCCAAAGGUCAAGAUCAUCACCACGGCUGUGGACAAGGACCUGGACGAAUCCUUCCACGUCAUUCCUGGUAUCGGAGACUUUGGGGACCGGUACUUUGGGACGGACGGGUCGGUCGAGAACCAGGAGCAGCUGUCAGUGUGACUCUGGUUAAGGCACAGACAUUAGAUAUAUUCUUAUAUUCAUUUUAUACAMUAUAGACCAUUUUUUGUAUGGUAAAACGGCUACAAAUGUGCUGAAUAUUUCUAUAAAGAUUGGUGCCAUCAUCACCUGUGAGGUUAAACAUUGCAAUAAUUUCAUUUAUUUCAUAAUCUAGUCCAGGAUAUGAAUGAAUUGUCUGUUUUUAAACUGAACAUGCGUGAAAAAUGCAGAUUUAUAUAUUUUUGUAGGUUUAAUGUGACAGAAAAAGGUCAACAGGAAAAAUAGCAGAUCACUGUAAUGUUCAUUUUGUUUUUUGUUUAGCAUGUUAUAAAGAUAAGUGUCUUCAUUUCCAAGAAAUGCUGCAUCUCCAUGUAACUCACAUUAUU